UGCAUAGUUCCAGCGUCCCUGGCGUUAGCGAUUGCAUGGUAUGCAGUCAAAUGAUGAUGGCCAUAACUUUUGGGUGCAAUCCUCUCAGGUCUGUUUCUACGCGGCCUACGGCACGACAGGCCUUGCAGCAGUCUGGUUCGCCUUCAUCAAUUUUAUUGGAGAUGAGCUGCACCAUCCGUUGGAUUUCUUCUCAAACAAGAUGCGCACGAGGCCUUACUGGUAUUUGCUAGUGCUAGCUGCAACUGGGGGACUACUUGGCCUUGACAUGGCCAGUGGGUACUUGGAUGAGCUGUCCAAGACACUUCCAGAGCUUGUUGUUUGCACCAACCUGGAGGGCUUCGUUCUUGUCGGAACGAUGAUGUUUGCGGAGUCUGCCGGGGCGGCAAUGGUGACAAUGUUGGCUCACAUGAUCAUUACCAAAGGUCUUGUGGUGAUUGUGACUAUUCCGACAGCACCAUUUAUGCCAGGAGCGGUCUACUCAAAUGCAUACUUUCUGCUGCACAUGUUCUUCGUCUUCUUCCUUAAGGUGGGAGCGGAGCGGCAUGCGAGAUACUUGGUCAAGAUUGAGUACCAGUCAAAGCUUGUCUUGUCUGAAGGCGCCGAGCGUGUCCCACAGCUUUGGGCACGCACCAUCCUGCGAGGCUGUCCUAUUCUCUUGGUAGUAACGGACAUCUUAUUCUUAGCAGUGUACCUCAUGUCUCGAGGGGAGUACGGAAAGGCCAUCACCAUCCUGUACUUCAUCACCGCAAUUCUCAUGCUGCUGGGCUGUUGCUCCCAGUACAAAUCUGGCACAACGGUUGAAUGAUUUUAUGUUUCACUUGAAUGUUUCUUGUAUGGAAUCCAGUAGAGACAUGCAAAGCGUGACUCGCAAGCCCCACUUCAUCAACCUUGGAUGGAGUCAGGGUGCCGUCGAUGCGCGGUGUCGAGAAACUAUCGCCAGGCUGUUUGACAUGCUUGAUGCUUAUACAGCUGAGUGCCCAGUUGUUCAGUUGUUCCAAAUCGCAUUAUUUUCCCUUUGGCAGCGGUGGGGAUUGUGGAUCAGCCAUGGACAG